AUGGUAAGAAUUAGCACAAUCAGUCUCCUGGCAGCUGUCUGUGCAGCUACUGUCGCCGCUCAGCAACAGAUAUUUGACAAACAAUGGUACUCUGAGCUUACCUCCACAGCACAGGCGCAGUACGACAACUUGGUUGAGGAAAUCACCGAAUUCCUAAAUGGCAAUAGUGAGGACUUUCGAGAUGAUGACCAAUACCCAGGAUUCGGACAGCCUUCCACGCUGCCUGUACAUUCCAGCAUAAAAGUAACCGUGGAGAAGAACUUCGGUCCAAACGGUUGUAUAUUAUCAGCCACAGAGAUACUCGAGGGAUUUGCUUCAAAACACAAGGUGUCUUUUGCCGAUACGCUGGUCAUUGCAUCUACUAUUGGACUGCAGGAGAUGGGAUUUCCGGCAAUGCAUCACAUCCAAGUAACCGGUGGUCGAUACGAUGUCAAGGACGACCCUGAGGAAGAGUUGAAUUCACACCUACCUGCCUCAGAUGUCAAUCCAAUAAGGAUGUUCACCGAACAGUACGGCUGCGAACUCGACGGACUUGUUGCGCUUACUGGCGGCGCUCAUAGCUUUGGUGCAUCGCAUGCAAAAUGUUCUGGAUACGAAGGUACUAGGAGUGCAGAUCCUUUGAAGUGGGAUGUGAAUGGCAAGGGAUUUGACUUCUUUUCAGAUAUGGUAAAAGAUGAUUGGCAAUGGUUCUGGGUCUCGCGAUUUGAGGACGAUACGAUCACAUACACACCUUCUCACGACUCCACAUUCCCCAGUGAUCACAAUGUUCAAGCCAGAAACCGCGGAGAGCAGGGUAUAACCAAGGUAACCGCACCUGAGGCGACCAAAACCGGUACCAACCGAGUCGCCAGAGAUGAGGAAAUACAGGUAAUGCGUGAUUGUGAAUUACCAACAGACGCUAAGAACAUGAAAAUCACAGACACCCUGUGUGUAAAUGGCACCUCUCGCGCGGUCAUACGUCUGCCUGUGGACUUCUGGAUGCUGAAGCGCAAGGACAUGCGCCAAUAUGCGUUAGAGUUCGCAGAAAGUGAUGAGAAGUUUGCCAAAGCCUUUGCACAGGCCUGGCAGAAAAUGAUUGAUCAAGGCACGGACAGAUGCUCAGCCCUUGGAACGGUCUGCGCGGAAAUUGAAGUGUGUCAUAAGCAGUUGGAAUAUGGGUUCUAUGUUGAUGGUAUCUGCGAGGCCACUGAUACCAACGAGGGAGAGUGUGACACGGAUCUGUGUCCCAUGGAGUGGCGAGGUGAUGGAAUGUGUGAUAAGCUGUGCAACACUGAGGAGUGUCGUCAUGACUCUGGUGAUUGCGAGGAGCACAACUGCAGUCCGAAAUGCUCCCCAUCGAUGUUAGGCGACGAAUGUGACACCCUGCCUGAGUAUAUGCUGCCCAAGUGUCCCAAUGCCAGUCAGUAUGCCGAUCGCUAUGAUGCGCACGCCGUGAAGGACUGGUCUGUGAAUUGCGACCAGCUGGCACAGUCGGGUCGUUGUGUAGAGAGCCACGAGUACAUGGAGAUAGUGUGCAAGGCAGCAUGCACUGAGGUCAAGGAACAUGACAAAAAAUACAGUUACUAG